AGGCAGGCAGCGGGCUGGCGGAAAAGACUAGUGCGCGCUCGUGCUCGUGCUGGUGCUCCCCGACCAGACUAGACCAGCUUGCUAGCGCCAGCAAGGCGAGCGGCGAUGCUCGCACGAUCUACUACAGCUGCCGCCGCGGCCGCCGCCGGGAUCUGCCUGUGAUUAAGGAUGUCGGCGUCGCGGAGCGGGAGGCGGCGGACCGGUAGCGUGGCGCUCGGAGACCUUCUGCAGCGGGAGGCGUCGGCGGAGCGGGCCGCGUUGGGAUGCGGCGAGCGGCCCUCGGUCGCGGCGGGGCAGGCCUGCCGGGCGAAGAAGGGUGAGGACUUCGCGCUGCUCAAGCCCGCCUGCGAGCGACGCCCCGGCGCGCCGUCCACCUCCUUCUCCGCCUUCGCCCUGUUCGAUGGGCACAACGGGAGCGCCGCCGCGGUGUACGCCAAGGAGCACCUCCUCGGCAACGUGCUCAGCUGCGUCCCGACCGAUCUGGCCUGGGACGACUGGCUCGCCGCGCUGCCGAGGGCCCUCGUCGCGGGGUUCGUCAAGACCGACAAGGAUUUCCAGACUAAAGCUCAUUCCUCGGGGACAACCGUGACGCUUGCCAUAAUUGAUGGCUCCGUUGUAACUGUUGCAUCUGUUGGUGAUUCACGUUGUGUCCUUGAAGCUGAGGGAUCCAUCUACUAUUUGUCGGCUGACCAUCGCUUCGACGCUAAUGAAGAGGAGGUUGGACGUGUAACCGAAUGUGGAGGUGAAGUUGGAAGACUAAAUGUCGUCGGUGGUGCUGAGAUUGGUCCCCUUAGAUGUUGGCCAGGUGGUUUAUGCCUCUCAAGAUCGAUUGGUGAUCAGGAUGUAGGUGAAUUUAUUAUUCCGGUUCCUUAUGUGAAGCAAAUUAAGCUGUCUAAUGCUGGAGGCCGUCUUAUUAUUUCAAGCGACGGUGUUUGGGAUGCUUUGACUGCAGAAAUGGCUUUUAAAUGUGCACGAGGGCUUCCUCCUGAGGCCGCAGCUGAGCAAAUUGUUAAAGAAGCAGUUGAAGCAAAAGGAUUGAGAGAUGAUACAACUUGCAUUGUCAUUGACAUAAUAUCACCAGAGAAACCAAAACGCACUAUACAAUCUCAAAGAACGCCAGGAAAAGGCCUUGUGCUUCUAAAAAAUUUCUUUUUAAGGAAAACAACAUCUGACUCGUUGUCUCUCCCUGAUAAGGAUAAUUAUCCUGAGCCAGAUUUAGAGGAGGUCUUUGAGGACGGAUGCCCAUCCCUUUCAAGGAGGCUUAAUUCUGAGUAUCCUGUCCGAGACAUGUUCAAACUUUUUGCAUGUGCAAUUUGUCAAAUUGACUUGGAAUCUGGCCAAGGCAUAUCCAUACACGAGGGUUUGUCAAGGCCAGGGAAGCUGCGUCCCUGGGAUGGCCCUUUCCUUUGUCACAGCUGCCAGGAAAAGAAAGAGGCGAUGGAGGGGAAGCGCCAUUCACGAGAUUCCUCGUCCAGAAAUAGCGGGUCAAGUGAAUCGUGACUGAAGCCGAGAAUCAUCUUGAGGCAAACGCCUAGCGGUGUGACGAGCUAAUUAUCGUUGCUGCUGUUAUCUUGCAGCACUUUCUCAUGGAUUACCAUUGAAUUGAGACAUGUUGGAAGUCGCCAUGCCUAUAUAUAUGUUGGAGCUGUACGGUACUGGACCGUAGAGCAAAUCCAAUCGCCUCUAGAUACCACACCAGCGUCUUCGGCAGGGCUUGUGACAGCAGCUUAUGCAGGGAAUGAUGACAAGAGGUUAUUAUUAGUGAAGAAUGUCGACAGUGGCCAACAGUCAUGUAAAUUAUUCGUCGUGUAGAGGUGCAAGUGACAAAUAGCCACGGUUUUGUAAUUCUCAACUAGGAUUAGGUAUUGAGACCUGUAAUUCGUCUGGGCAGACCUCAAACUGAAGGUCAACAACGUAGCCUGGCCCUAUUGUA